AUGUUGAUCAAGGUACGCACGUUGACGGGGAAGGAGAUUGAGCUGGACAUUGAGUCGGAAUACACGAUCGCGCAGAUCAAGGAGAAAGUCGAGGAGAAGGAGGGCAUCCCCCCCGUGCAGCAACGUCUCAUCCACGGCGGAAAGCAAAUGGCUGACGAGAAGACGGCGGAUGCAUAUGGUCUCGCGCCGGGCGACACGCUGCAUCUAGUACUCGCCCUGCGAGGCGGCCGCUUCUAG